UGUUCCACAAAAGGGGAAAGAAGGCUGUGGAAAAACCAUUCUGUGGGGGUUGAUUUGGCUAUUAUCACAUUUUUUCUCAUGAAUAGAUGUCACAAUCUUGUGUCUACAAGUUCAUCCUGGGUGUGCAGAAAGAAAAUCAAACCAGAAUCCCCUCAAGAACUUAACCAAAAUCUCUUUUUACUGCUGGGAUCCUUUGGCUCCAUUCAGAAGGAAAGGAUUUACCCAGCAUUUACCCAGGUAGAUAUGAUUCAGGCUGAAGAUUUGACCAAGCAAUCAGAGUCAGGAAGAUGAAGAAACAGCCAGGAAAUCAGGAGGCAGGGAAACCGAACCUUGCCCUCUGUAUUGCUCUCAAGAAAAUAGCCCACAAUUAUAAUUACCCACCUUGUUUUGUUGCUCAGAAUAAAAGUGGCACAGCACCAAAAGCCUACCAGAGCAGCCUUUGUGAUUAGAAAGUACUCCACACCUUGGAGAGAGCCGAGGAGACAUGAGAAUAAUUUUAAAUGCAAAUUAAAUUGAGGGGGUAGCAGAGAAGAACAUAUAAAAGACAGUAAAACAAAACCUUUCGAUUUUCUUAAAUUAGCAGUCUAAUGCGUUCUAAAGAGCAGCUCCAUUCGGAUCUCUUCUGAGGGGUUACAUUUUAUCACAAUAUAAAAUGGGCAGAUCCAUCAUUUCCCUCCACUCAGUGCUCUUGACUGAAGAUUGAAGGGAAAAUUAGAAAGCUGUUCAUUUGAGCUCACAGGCUCGAAGCGGCUCCACUCGGCUUCAUUGCCUGCUCUCCUGUGUCCUGUUGCAAGGGGGUGAACAAGUGCUGAGGAGGGCACAGAGCAGCUGGAGCUGGCGUCACCUUCCGUUGCUAAGGCAUCUAAGUGAAGAUACUCUCUCCAAAUCCUCUGUUUGGAACAUCAACGAUGGAUUAUCCCAAAAUGGAUUAUUUUCUGGAUGUCGAGUCUGCUCAUAGACUCUUGGAUGUGGAGUCAGCUCAAAGAUUCUUCUACAGCCAAGGAGCUCAAGCUCGCCGGGCGACCCUGCUCCUGCCUCCCACAUUAAUGGCGGCAUCUUCGGAGGAUGACAUAGACCGGAGGCCCAUCCGGAGAGUCCGCUCCAAGAGUGACACGCCGUACCUGGCGGAGGCCAGGAUCUCCUUUAACCUGGGGGCAGCUGAGGAAGUGGAGAGGCUGGCUGCAAUGCGUUCGGACUCCCUGGUCCCGGGCACUCACACCCCACCCAUCCGGAGGAGAAGUAAGUUUGCCAACCUGGGGAGGAUUUUCAAGCCUUGGAAAUGGAGGAAGAAGAAAAGCGAAAAGUUCAAACACACAUCAGCAGCUUUGGAAAGGAAGAUCUCAAUGAGACAAAGCAGAGAGGAGCUUAUCAAGCGAGGGGUCUUGAAGGAAAUCUAUGAUAAAGAUGGGGAGCUCUCCAUAUCCAAUGAAGAUGAUUCUUUGGAAAAUGGGCAGUCCUUGAGCUCCAGCCAGCUGUCUCUGCCUGCGCUGUCGGAAAUGGAGCCGGUCCCCAUGCCCAGGGAUCCCUGUUCAUAUGAGGUGCUCCAAGCUUCAGACAUCAUGGAUGGGCCAGUGUCUGAAGAGAGUCCCUCUGCCAGUGAGUCUGGAGUCCUCCUGUCCCAAGAUCCUUCAGCCAAACCAGUCCUGCUACUGCCCCCCAAAAAACCUGCUGCUUUCUCUGGAGACCAUGAGGACACCCCAGUGAAGCAGCUGCCCCUUCUCAAGCAGCCCCCGGCCCUGCCUCCCAAACCCACUGCCCGGAUUGCCAACCAUUUCACAGAUCCUGGCGCCCCUGUGAAAUUGCCUUGUCUGCCAGUGAAACUGUCACCUCCGCUACCUCCAAAGAAAGUCAUGAUCUGUAUGCCCGUCGGGGGCCCAGAGCUCUCCCUGGCAUCCUACGCAGCCCAGAAGAGCAGCCAACAGGGCGUGGCCCAGCACCACCACACCGUCCUGCCAUCCCAGAUCCAGCACCAGCUGCAGUAUGGCAGCCACGGCCAGCACCUCCCCUCCUCAACCGGCACCCUCCCCAUGCACCCCUCGGGCUGCAGAAUGAUAGAUGAGCUGAACAAAACGCUGGCCAUGACCAUGCAGAGGCUGGAAAGUUCCGAACAGCGAGUCCCCUGUUCCACUUCUUACCACAGCUCUGGUUUGCACUCAAGUGACGGUGUCACAAAAGCAGGACCCCUGGGCCUUCCAGAAAUAAGACAAGUGCCAACUGUUGUGAUUGAAUGUGAUGACAAUAAAGAAAAUGUGCCUCAUGAGUCGGACUAUGAAGACUCUUCUUGCCUAUACACAAGAGAAGAGGAGGAAGAGGAAGAAGAUGAAGAUGAUGACAGCUCAUUGUACACCAGCUCCCUGGCCAUGAAGGUCUGCAGGAAGGACUCUUUAGCCAUCAAACUCAGCAACAGGCCCUCCAAACGAGAGCUAGAAGAAAAGAACAUUCUCCCCAGGCAGACGGAUGAAGAGAGGCUGGAGCUAAGGCAGCAGAUCGGCACGAAGCUCACCAGGCGGCUGAGCCAGAGGCCAACUGCUGAAGAGUUGGAGCAGAGGAACAUCCUGAAACCUCGGAAUGAACAAGAAGAACAGGAGGAGAAACGAGAGAUCAAGAGGCGGCUAACUCGAAAGCUCAGUCAAAGACCCACAGUGGAAGAACUUCGGGAAAGGAAGAUCCUCAUCCGCUUCAGUGACUAUGUGGAGGUGGCCGAUGCUCAGGACUACGACCGGAGGGCAGACAAGCCAUGGACCCGCCUCACCGCCGCUGACAAAGCUGCCAUUCGGAAGGAGCUCAAUGAAUUUAAAAGCACUGAGAUGGAAGUUCAUGAGUUGAGUAGACACUUAACAAGGUUUCACCGACCUUAACAGUGGAAUUGCUCUUGAGUACUCUGCUGUCUUCAAAACAUAAAUUUAUAAGAACCAUAAGUGCUGGUAUUUAUUCACUUCCCCAUUAUGAUGUAAAUCUUCUGAACUGCCUUUUUUUAAAAAACAAAAAAGAAGAAGAAGAAGAAG